CGCCCUUUCAUAAUGCAGCAUGGGGGAGAGAACGUGACAAAAUGACGGCUUCGCGUGGAAUACAGUCUUAACAUCCAAGUAGAUCAAACGAUUCGCGCUCGUCCACGGAUGGUGACGCAUAAUGCCAAUAGUUGACAAGCUCAAAGAGGCCCUGAAGCCGGGCCGCAAGGAUUCCAGCGAUGAGGGUGACCUCAACAAGUUGCUGGCUUCAUCCGCCAAGAAAGUGCUGUUGCAGAAGAUAGAGUUUGAACCGGCCAGCAAAGGCUUCAGCUACCAGUUGGAGACCCUCAAGACGAAAUAUGUGAUCUUGAAUCCCAAGAAUGAUGGGGCAGCAUCACAGAGAUCACUCGAGCCUGCUCCGAUUAAGAGACAAAUUUCAGAGAACCUGAACGUUGGGCAGAGCGAUGGUAUCCCUGCUCCACAGAAGAUGCUCUUCCCUGGAAACAAGCUCUCCAUGAAGUGGGAGCGGGUGUAUCGGGUUGGAGCUGGACUCCACAACCUGGGCAACACCUGCUUCCUCAACUCCACUGUGCAGUGUCUCACCUACACCCCACCGCUGGCCAACUACCUCCUGUCGAAGGAGCACAGCCGAUCCUGUCACCAGUCUGGAUUCUGCAUGAUUUGUGUAAUGCAGAACCAUAUCAUCCAAGCCUUUGCCAACACAGGCAAUGCCAUCAAACCUGUAUCUUUCAUCCGAGACCUGAAAAAAAUUGCUCGCCAUUUUCGAUUUGGGAGCCAGGAGGAUGCUCACGAGUUUUUGCGUUACACCAUUGAUGCCAUGCAGAAAGCUUGUCUGAAUGGAUAUCCAAAACUGGACAGGCAGACCCAGGCCACCACGCUCGUCCACCAGAUUUUUGGGGGUUAUUUAAGGUCCCGAGUGAAGUGCUCCAUUUGUAAAAGCGUGUCAGAUACGUAUGACCCAUACCUAGACAUCGCUCUAGAGAUUCGGCAAGCGGCUAACAUUGUCCGUGCUCUGGAGCUGUUUAUCAAGCCUGACUUUUUGAGUGGUGAGAAUGCCUACAUGUGUGCCAAAUGUAAGAAGAAGGUUCCAGCAACUAAACGGUUCUCAGUUCACCGAACAUCCAAUGUGCUGACGCUGUCACUUAAACGCUUCGCCAACUUCAGUGGAGGAAAAAUUACCAAGGAUGUUGGCUACCCAGAGUUCCUAAACAUUCGGCCGUACAUGUCGCAGAGCACUGGAGAUCCUGUGAUGUAUGGCCUCUAUGCUGUCCUCGUGCACUCUGGGUACAGCUGCCAUGCUGGACAUUACUACUGCUACGUCAAGGCCAGUAACGGACAGUGGUAUCAGAUGAACGACUCCAUGGUGCACUCGAGUAAUAUCAAAGUUGUCCUUAAUCAGCAGGCUUAUGUGCUCUUUUACCUGAGGAUCCCAGAGAAGAAGAAUACAGAUGCUUCAAAUACAAAACAAAACUUUGUGCAUUCUGGGAGGACUAAUAUGACCUCUGAGCAACUGAAGAGGAGCACACUUAAUGGGCCGCCAUCUUCACCGCAGAUUAUGAAGAAGCUUGAUCCUGCUCAGCUGAGGAAGAUCCAGUCUGUAGAUGGUGGUCUUGGCAUUUCAUUAGCCAGAAAUUGUUUGGGGCUCCAGUCUCCCAAGAUGUCGAACGGUACAGCCACCUCCCAUGCGCUGCCCAAACCGUCCAGUGGCCCUACACUGAUCGAUGAGCCCUUUAAGAAGGUAAAGAAGCCCGCACCUCUGCCUGUGUCUCGCAGCAGCACCCCAGCUCUACCCAACGGCCUCGCCAAACCCGACACUGACAAGCGGAGCAGCAGCGAGUCCCGCGGCCUACCUUCAUCUACCUCACUCAAAUCCCUCUCUGACUCCUCCUCGGCAGACACCACCUCUCAGUCUAAAGAAGCAACUGGCACAAGGAGCGCACCUAUUGGCGACUCGUCGGGUGUGAGUGGUCCUGCAUCUCCUGCUAAGAGCACAGAGCGCGUGAAUGCAGAUGAUCAGAAGGUAGUGAAGCUCAAACCGCAGGCCCUCACCAACAUCACAUCAGUGCCCGUCAGCACCAUGUCCCCCCCGCCCGCCAAACGACUCGCCCUGUCUGCCAAGAAGGCCAGCCCCCGGCAGAGCCCGAGCAGCAGCACUGAAGCUCUUCAUCUGUCCAGUGACCCCACACAUCCCCUCAGCCUGGCCUCGCCUAACAUGCAACACAGAGUUCCAACUCAUUUUCGUAACCUGCAGUCUCCAUCUUCAACUCAUCUCUCUAAAUAUUCAAGUCCUCUUAAACGGCCCUCCUUCACUCAUGUGCCCACCGCCCCUGCUCGCUCUCCACAGACCAAUGGCAUUAAGCCCCAGACGCCCACUAUACGACCAAUCCAGAGCCAGAACCCUUCAACCUCAGCUACAGGAUUCAGCCAGGGUCUGACGAGUCCUACAUUUAAAAAUAAAAAUAAAUUAAAGGGAAAACAUUCUGAAAUGGAGCAGGAAGCUUCACUCCCAGAAGAACCAAAGCCAAACAAGAGAAAAAAGAAGAGGAAGAGAGAAGAGGCCAAUGGUCUUGAGGGACAGAGGGAGAAUGUGAGGUCCCAUCUUGAGCCUCAUCCGUGUGAGGAUUGGUGUCUUGGAGAAACCUGGAGCAUUGUCCCAGCAGCUGCGGAGUCAGAGUCGGCUAAAGCGCCAGAGAGUUCUCAAUCAGCUCAUAUGGCUGGACUGCCAGUGAAGGACCACACCCGGAAGAAGAAAAAGAAGCACAAACUAAUGGAGCAGCAGGAAGAGUUCAGAAAUGGAGCCACAGUUUCCAAGUGUGCUGUCAUCAAAGUGGUUGAAGCAGCAAACCCAAAGACUGAAGAUCUUCUAGAGACAAGGAAAAAAAAGAAGAGGAAACCUAAACACUUGAGAGAAGAGGAGAAAAAACGCAGGGAGACGCGAGCACUUCAUGUGGAUCUUCAAGAGACCAAUGGAGAAGAGCCUCUCAGUCAGAUGAGCAGCACAGCUGCUGUGAUUGUUUGGGACAGUCAAGUUCAGGAUGGUUUCAAGCGCAACCUGAACAAUGACGACCCAGAGGGCGUGUCGAAGAAAGGCCUGUCCUCUGCCCCUCUAGGUUGGGAUGGCAAGAAAAGCUGUGAUGUGGUUCAGGAACUCCUCAAGAGCGCUUCUGAUAAAGCCUAUGGAACUGCAGUGCUUAGUUGGGAAGGAGAGCAGUCGGCCAUCAGCAGAGAUGCCAUAGAAGACACCCACUAUGCCCAAAACAAUACUGUCAUUGAUGAGUGGGAUGAGGAUUUUGACAGUGGAAAAGUGAAGAAAAUUAAGAAAUACAAAAAGAAGAGGAGGAGAAAUGGCAAUGUCUUCCAGAAGAUCCAAGAGCAUCGUAACAUGUGGUCAGUGACGCCGAGUGGCAGGCGGAGCAGUUUUGGUUAUCGACACUGAAAGUUUUGAAAUGAGGAUCCUGUUUGUGUUCCCUGACCAGACCAGCUGCCUUAUUGGAUCAGAAUCUUUGUGAACUGUCUCCGGUACUUCCUCUGCAGUCCUCCCAGAAUGCAGCAGUACUGUGAAAUAAUUAAAGUAAUGAGGUUGAGGUCAUCUCCUGACACUUUAGUCACUGUCUAAAAUCCAAAUCUAAAGUGUACACAACAAUAGUGGCAUUAUGCUCUUGGGAUCAUGUGAACUAUAAUGCCAGCAGCCUGUUAACCUUCAGUGCUGAUUACUAGAAAAAUAGUCCAGAUCACCAAUGUCUACCAGGGCCAGAUUUAUCUAGACAAGAUGUCUAUUAGACUUAAGAGAAGAACCCCCCUUCGGAAGUUAUUUCUAGUUUUAUGUAGCCCCUUCCUUUUAAUGAUUUUUAAGCAUCAUUUUUCUUUAUCAACCAAUCUAACAUAAAGGUUGUAAUUACAGAACUUUUGCUCACCAAAUUAUUUGGCUUUUGCAUAUUUGAGCCGGUUUAUUACAAAAAGUAUUAUGCAAUUAUUUGCCUCGAUGGAUGGCGUAAUGUUGCCUUUUUAGUUUGUCACAGCCCUGGCAUCUUGUAUUGCAAUACAUUGAUUUCCUGUAGUUUAACAUUUUUGCAUUUUGCCUGCUUGAAUACUAGCCCAUCCUCAUUGACAGUGUUUUGUUGAAUAAGAAUAUAUAAGAUUAUAUAAAUCACUCUUGUGACAUUUUCUGAUAACAUUUUCGGUAAGAUAACAUGUCUUGCAUUGUUUUAUGCAAAAUGAACAUAUCUUCCUUGAAAAAUAAAAAAAUGGGCAUUAAUGCAAACCACUGUGUUUUUGCCAGGAGGGCUGAAUUACUUUUUAAUUGGACUGUCCCCUUGUAAGCAGGAAGUAACUUGUUGGAUUGUCACACCAUGAAUCUCUUGUAUACUCUCUAUGCAACUCCAGCAGUCCCAUGGAUGCUCUGCAAAGGGUUAAAUCCAGGGAGAACUCUGAUCGCUGGUCAAACAUCGUCUCUGUAAACGGUCAUCACCCUUUUGUUUACACUGAUUAAACAUCCGUGUCUGUUAACAGUAACACAUUGGGUCAAAAAUACAUUUCACAAUUGUUCACAAAUGAACUAAUAGGAGGAAACCUGUGUUGAUGCUUUUCUAUUUAGAACAUUGUACAGUGUACUUUGCGCACCGUGUCCCUCAAUCAGUCUCGUUGAAGACCAUUCUUACCAUGAAUCUGUCUGUUUUAGAAGUUGCCUUGGUUUCAUUUUUAAAAAAGAAUAGAAGAUAUUGAAAAUGACAUGCAUGUAAAAAUGCACAUCACUAAAUGGAAGCCUGAUGUAUUUAAGGUUUGUUGAACUGUAAAUGAACAUUUUUAUUAACCAAUAGAUUGUGUUUGAAAGACUGCUCUGGAGUCUUGUUCAGGACCCAAAAAGCAGUGGGUGAGAAGGUGGCAAAGACUUCUCUAUACGUUCUGUAGAAUGUCAGGAUUCUUGUAGAAAUUCAUUUUAGAUUGAAAUCUAACACAACGGUGUCUUUAUCAUAUUUGAAUUGAUGGUUCUGUACAUAUGCCUUUUCUGAUGGGAGAAGUCAUUCAGUAUUGCAAAUAUAAAUAUAGAUAUACUGGUGCAAUAAAGUUGUGACUUUUGUG